GAAGACUCAAGUUGGCGUAGAUUUUUCUUUAAGGCAAAAUGGUCAGCAUCUCGUUGUUAAAUUCAACGCAUGGCUUUUAAAUAUUCAGGCUUGAGUUUGGUACUUUUUUAUUCCUCUGGUGUCUUUGGUUUGUUUAAUUUGAGGACAAAAACGUGAGCCGUUGACGCAAAACAAACGGUGCUGUUUUAUCCGUAUUUUUAUUUUUUUUUAAAGAUACGCCAUGAACUGAGAGGAAGGAUGGCGACCACACUGACCAGGACGUUUAAUCUGAUUACAGGACUAGCUAUCGUUAUUCAGUUUCAGCCGAGCUUCCUGAAACUGAGGUUAGUUUACGGUAAGAAAAUACGACUUUAUUUAACCAGCGAAUAUCUGUUAACGUAAGGACAGUGCGUGCACGUGCACUGUAUCCGAGAGAUGGUAAAUGGCUUUUAGGUCUUAUUUUAUCAUUAAGUAUUUUUAUAAUUUUACGAAUUGUGAUUUUUAUGCUGGAUAAAUACACCAAACUAGCCUCGAACCCGGCACUAAUGAUAACUUCGACACUCUUUAAAAAACAAAAAUAAGUUCAACGACGUUGGCAUGCAGGUUAUAUCUUAUUUUAUGUUAGUGGAACGUUAAAGUUUUGGGAGUGAUCGCAGAUUUAUAUAAAUGGAAUAUUUGUCUGAAAUUAUAACUUUUUUUUAUUUAGUUUAUUUUAAGUUUUAAAGAAUGAAUUCGUCAUCGAUCGAUAUCGUUAUUGUGAAAGGCUGAUGCAGAUGCUGAUAAUCAGACAACAGCUGAUGGCCCAUUUACAAUGCACAUGAGUCUUUAUUUUAUUGUGCAUAUGAUCUCGCAGAAUAACACCCAUUACUGCAUGCACACUAAAAUCUAAUUUUGUGUUCCCACCUGUUAGUCUGAUUUGCUUUGGUACAGUUGGAGUAAACCUUGAUCUUGGAUGUGCAGCACACUCUACUCCAGUGGUUCUCACCUGGUCUCACUCUGGGACCCACAUUUUCCCAUGGUCCUCAAGUCGCAACCCCCUUUUAUAGAAUUCAAACGAAGCAAAUUUAGUUUUUAUAUAAAAUCUUUAACAUAAAUCCACGUUUUAUUGAGUAAAGUACACGAGGACGACAACUACUGAAGUUGCAUACACAGAAAAUAUCAAAUAUCUAAUAAAUAUCGCAUUACAUAUUUACUUUUUUGACCAGCUGUUCUUGACCCAUCCAGAACGUGUCCGUGACCCACUUUUGGGUCGAGACCCACCAGUUGAGAACCACUGCUCUACUCUACCCUGGUGUUUCACACAGGAAGGUUAUUGGCUGCACGACUGCUUUGGAACAGCUUGAUUUCUGGCCUGCUUGUCAACAUAUCAGACAUCCACCAUUGGCAUGAGCAGCUUAUCUUACCGCAUUUUUCUCUGAGCACUGCAGAGCUCUGCCAAAACUGCACCUAACCUUGAGGCAUUUAGAACUCAUCAUUGCUUAAAAGCAGUCACACUAAUGAGGCUGCCUGCAGUGUCUGCAGACAUCUUCUGUAAACCUUGUGCAUGCAGGUGUCAGGCUGUUAGAUUGGUCUGUCUAUCUCUAAGUUAUUACCAAGAAGCUAGUUAUGAUCACAAAGGCUUAGGACUGAGUGAAAAUUGUAGGUGUCAGGUGUGAUUCAUAGAUACAAAAACUAAGUGUCAUCAGGCUCAGGUGUGCAGCUUUUUUGGCUUUACAGCAACCGAAAAGCUGUAAUGGAUUGUCUGACUAAGUCUGACACAAGCAGUUCCUCAGUGACAGGAAAAGUUAUUGACUCCCUCUUCCUGUACAUACUGUACAAUAUAUCUACCACAGAUUAUUUAGCAUCUAUAAACUCUGCCCACUUAACACUAACACACGGGUGGAGGGUCAGAAGGCCUUUUGCAGCCGCAGGGCCACCACCAUAUGACUGAGUUAUAGACACAACACCCACUGCUGCCCAGCCUCCCAUGCUGGGUGCUGGACCUGAUGGUGUGAAGAAUGUCAAGCAUGCUUUCACCCUCUGCUGUGAAGAGGGAGGUCAGGCUUGUUGUCACUAGAAGGGCAGGAUGACCACCACCACGCAUGUUUGCCUUACGGUUCAUUCAGGGGACUUGUUUAUGUCUCGUUGCAAAAAGAAGAUACUGAAGUUUAAAUGAUUCUUAUCAUCUCAGCUUUUGCUGUCUACAGUUUCAAUAGCAGGCUUAAGAUACCUAAAAUAUUUGUAAUUUUUCUCAGUAAAAUUUGAACCACAUGCAAGUUCCUCUAAGUUUCUAAUGUAAUCUAUUAAUGUUGAUAAUGUAACUCUAAAACCAUAACUCUUAUUUCAGUGUUGCUCAGUGUAUCACUUGUCCCGGUCUCUUUGAUUCUUCAGGACUCUCCCACACUGACUCACAGGAGCUGUCUCCUCAUGAGGCACGGUCCUAUGUAGUCCAAGAAAACAACAAGACCAGUGAAAGGAGGAUGGCAGCCAAGUCUGACAACUCUGGUUGGGCUGCGGUUAAGGGAUCCCUCUACAGAGACCAGCACAAACCAGACGAGGCAGAUCCAGACUUGCUGAUGGAGGAGGGACAUGAGAACUCUACAGAGAUUGUGGUAGGGUGAGGUUGAAGGUUCAGGAGAAAAAUUAUGAAUCCACGUAAAAAUGACACAAUGAGAUGUCCCUUUCUUUCUUAUCAGGACAUCGAUCAUGCCUACUACACAUCUAAGAUCCACGGCCCUGGAGAUGCAGCCAGCAAAGAGCUGUGGGUGAACAUUGAUGAGAUGAAAGAGGAGGAGUGGAAAGUGUUUGGCCUUCUGUCCAACACCCACAGACAAGCUGAGGUAUGAAGUCACUCUGAAUAAUAAGGAUCAGAAAUCCAAGUUUAAUCCUUACAUUUAGAGGGCUAUAAAAUAAAUUAGUGACAGUUACUAUGACCACCUUUAACACACUGAUUUUUACUCUGCUUUCACAGAGAGUGAAUCUCUCCUUUGAUUUCCCUUUCUAUGGUCACAUGCUGAAAGAAAUCACAGUGGCGACUGGAGGUAAGGGCAAUAAUUUUUUUUUUUUUUUAAAUAGCGCCCCAUGGGUCACCAGCAGGCCUGGGCUGUGUCGCACCCCUGUGGGCCAACCGCCUCCAUUCUAUAGAAGGACAUUUGUUUUUUGUUUUUUUUCAUUUUAAAGUCAGAUUUUUUUUUCAUAAUAAAUAUGAAAUUUUUAACAUACAAUACUACGACAUUUUUAUCAUACUAUAAUAUGACAUUCUUUUUUCUUCCAAAACCUUUUUCUUUUCCACACUAAAAUUUAAACAUUUUGAUCAUACUAUACUAUGAUAUUUUUAGUCAUACUAUACUAUAUUUCAGACUAAAAUCAGAAAUCUUUUUCACACCUAAGUUUUGAAUUUUUGACAUACUAUACCAUGACGGUUUUUUUUUCAUACAUCAAUCAGAAUUUUUUUUCACAUAUAAUUCGAAAUUUCUUACAUACUUUACUUUGAAAUUUUUAUCGUACUAUACUGUGACUUUUUUUCAUAGUAAAAUGAAAAUUUAUUUUCACUCUAAAAUAUGAAAUUAUUAACAUACUAUACUAUGACAUUUUUUAUCAUACUAAAAUAUUUUUUUCACACUUAACUUGAAAUUGAAAUUUCAAUCAUGACAUUUUUAUAUAUCCGAAAACUUUUUUUUUUUCCACAAUAAAAUUUAAAAGUUUUGACAUAGUUUACUAUGACAUUUUAUUCAGACUAAAAUCUGAAUUUUUUUUUCACACUUAAUUUUUUUUUCUUUAAAAUAUAAACUUUCAAUCAUACUAUACUAUGACCUUUUUUUUCAUAGUAAAAUAAGAAUUUUUUUUUCACAUAAAAUUUGAAAUUUUUAACAUUUUUUAUCAGAUUAAAAUCUUUUUUUUCACACUUAACUUUAAAUUUUCUUUCUUUAAGAAAAAUAAAAUUUUAAUCAUACUAUACUAUGACUUUUUUUCAUCCAAACACUCAAUUUUUUUUCACACUUAAAUGUGAAAAUUUUUAACAUACUAUACUAUGACAUUUUUUCAUCCAAAAACUUAAUUUGUUUUUCACACUAAAAUUUGAAAAUUUCAAUCAUACUAUACUAUGACAUUUUUUUCAUCCAAAAACUUAAAUUUUUUCCACACCUAAAUUUGAAAUUUUUAAACAUACUAUACUGUAACAUUUUUUUUCAGACUAAAAUCAGUAUAUUUUUUCAUAUUUAUUUACUGUGACAUUUUUUUCUUGCCAAAUCUUUUUUUUCCACACUAAAAUUUAAAGGUUUUGACAUAGUUUACCAUGACAUUUUAUUCAGACUAAAAUCAGAAUUCUUUUUUUCACACUUAAUUUUUUUUUCUUUAAAAUAUAAAAUUUCAAUCAUACUAAACUAUGACCUUUUUUUCAUAGUAAAAUAAGAUUUUUUUUUCACAUAAAAUUUGAAAUUUUUAACAUACUAUACUAUGACAUUUUUUAUCAUACUAAAAUCUUUUUUUUUCACACUUAACUUUAAAUUUUCUUUCUUUAAGAAAAAUAAAAUUUUAAACAUACUAUUCUAUUAAUUUUUUUUCAUCCAAACACUCAAUUUUUUUUCACACUUAAAUGUGAAAUUUUUUUAACAUACUAUACUAUGACAUUUUUUCAUCCAAAAACUUAAUUUGUUUUUCACACUUAAAUUUGAAAAUUUUCAACAUACUAUAGUAUGACAUUUUUUUCAUCCAAAAACUUAAAUUUUUUUCACACUUAAAUUUGAAAUUUUUAAACAUACUAUACUGUAACAUUUUUUUCAGACUAAAAUCAGUAUAUUUUUUCAAAUUUAUUUACUAUGACAUUUUUUUCUUGCCAAACCUUUUUUUCCACACUAAAAUUUAAAGGUUUUGACAUAGUUUACUAUGACAUUUUAUUCAGACUAAAAUCAGAAUUUUUUUUUCACAUAAAAAUUUGAAAUUUUGAACAUACUAUACUAUGACAUUUUUUAUCAGACUAAAAUCUUUUUUUUCACACUUAACUUCUUUCCUUCACAAAAAUAAAAUUAAAAACUUAACUUUAAAUUUUCUUUCUUUAAGAAAAAUAAAAUUUUAAUCAUACUAUACUAUGACGUUUUUUUCAUCCAAACACUCAAUUUUUUUUCACACUUAAAUUUGAAAUUUUUAACAUACUAUACUAUGACAUUUUUUUCAGAUUAAAAUCAGAAUUUUAUUUCAAACUUAAAUUUAAAUUUUUUUCUUUAGAAUACAACAUUGUAAUCAUACCUUACUAUGACAUUUUUUCUUCCCAAAUCUUUUUUCCCCACACUAAAAUUUAAAAGCUUUUAACAUACAUGACAUUUUUUUCAUACCUCAAUCAGAAUUUUUUUUCACACUUAAAUUUGAAAUUUCUUACAUACUUUGAUAUUUUUAUCGUACUAUACUGACUUUUUUUUUCAUAGUGAAAUUAGAAUUUUUUUCACACUUAAGCUUUGUAUCUUUCUUUAAAAUAUAAAAUUUCAAUAAAAUUUCAGACUAAAAUCGAAAAUUUCUUUUCACACCUAAACUUGAAAUUUUCGACAUACUUUACUAUGACAUUUUUAACAUACUAUACCAUGACAUUUCUUACAUAGUUUACCUGGACAUCCUAUAAUACUUAUCUUUGAUUCUUUCACAUACUUAUUGUAAAGAUGCAUAGUCCAGGUUCACACUUCAAAGAAUGGAAGGUCCACACAAAUGAUAAUUUUUACAGGCUUUACUGGUUGCAUAUCUGGGUAACAGCGUCAGCAUGCCAUGAGUGUGACAAAGACUGGUCAGAGACUGUUCAGGUGUAUACAGCCGUCCAUCUUUCCAAACAUUCUGCUCACAUCCUGUUGACCUGAAGAAGAGUCCUUGUAGGGUAAUAACAAAACACAACAUAUUUUGGGAGCCUGACUGAUGUUAAACAGGUGUAUAGGUCCGCAUUUUAUGAUGGUUUUCGAAGGGCCCAUGGCUCCAGGAAUCCAGCACCAAAAUAUCUGUGAUAUUUCAGUUACACAGUUCUACCACCAUAAAGGAGAACAUGACCAGCUACAGAAAACACACUAUUCUAUGAUAUUUUUAUUGACUCAACUGUGAUAUUUUUAUCAUAAUAUACUAUGAUAUUUUAUCAAACUUUACUAUGACAUUUUAUCAUACUAUACUAUGAUGUUUUUAUCAUACUUAACUAGGAUUUUUUCAACAUUCUAUCCUAUAAUAUUUUUUUCAUACUAUAAUAUAUUCUUAUCAUAUUAUUCUGUGACAUUUUUUUCAUACUGUACUAUGGCAUUUUAAUCAAACUAUACUAUGCUAUAUUUAUCAUACUAUUCUGAGAUAUUUAAUCAUACUAUACUAUGAUAUUUUCAUCAUACUUCAUUAUGAUUUUUUAAACAUACUAUACUAGGACAUUGUUUACAUACUAUAUUUUUAUCAUACUACACUAUGACAUUUUUAUCGUACUAUACUAUGACCUUUUUAUUAUGUUGUACUGCCAUUUUAACAUACUAUACUAUGAUUUUUUUUUCCAUAUAUAACUAAAUAUAUAGUAUAGAAAUAUCAAAUAAUAUAAAUCUUAUAUAAUUUUCUCCUCUCUCUGCCAGGUUUUAUCUACACUGGAGAUCUGAUCCACAGAAUGCUCACAGCCACUCAGUACAUCGCCCCUCUUAUGGCCAACUUUGACCCGAGUCUGUCCAAGAACUCCUCUGUGCUCUACUUUGAUAAUGGUGAGAGACUGAUGUUGAAGUUUGUAUGUUUGUCAUCACUUUGAGAGUCUGCUGUACAUAUAUAUACUGAGUACAGUGCAUGGCUGUGUUUGUAUGUCUAUUAACAGGCACUGCUCUAGUGGUUCAGUGGAACCAGGUUCACAUCCAGGACAACAUCAGUCUGGGAUCUUUCACCUUCCAGGCUGUUCUGCACAGUGAUGGACGCAUCAUUUUCACUUACAGAGAGGUGACUUUUUUUUUCACUUUUCAUCCUCUUCUGCAAAAACCUGAAUUUGUUAUUUACAUACAUUUUUUGUCAUCACAGAUUCCCGCGGACAUCGGUGAAAUCAGCAGUGAGAACCAUCCUGUCAAAGUGGGUCUUUCAGAUGCUUUUGUGGUGCUUCAUAAGAUAGAGCAGAUCCCCAGUGAGUGAAGCAUCAGAGCUUUAAAAGCUUUCGGUUUCUGUCAAAACACUGAAUCUGUCGCUUUAUUAUUAAUCAACUUAUCCCUUUUAAAAUGGUGCAGAUGUUCGCAGAAGAACCAUCUAUGAGUAUCACAAAGUCGACAUCCUGAAGUCCAAAAUCUCGAACUCUACAGCUGUGGAAAUGUUCCCACUCCCAAGUAUGUAAACUUAAACAUUAUUAAGAUGACAACACAGAUCCUCAUCCAUUUUUGAUGUACUCGGAUUAUCUGUGACCCACUAUACUCUUAAUUUCUACAUGUUUUAUUGUCAACAGGCACAACAUACAAAUAUUUGUGAUAGUAAAGUAGUAGGAAAAGCUGCUUUCGAACAGACUCGGAGAAUGAAUUCAGGUUUAUUUCAGAAGUCAAAGCCGCCUCUUCCUCUUCAGUGUUUUGAGUGUGUGUCUGUAUUCUCAGCAUGUCUACAGUUUUCCAGCUGCGGUCCAUGUGUCUCCUCUCAGAUCGGCUUUAACUGCAGCUGGUGCAGCCGGCUACAAAGGUGAAACUGGACAAAGUUUACCUUUCACUUUUUUUAACCUGAUACUAAAAAAUCGCAUAGAUUUGAUUUUUUUUAAUCUACUUAUUAUGCUCUGAUUGUAGUUGCAGAAUUUUGACUUUAUAUCUUGUGAUCUUGACUUUUUUUUGUGACCAUUUGAUUUAACUUCUUGUCUAUUGUUUACAACCUUUUAGAUUGUAAUCAUUGCACAACAUGCACAUUUUUGUCAUUGUCAGCCCAAGGUUUUAUUGUAUAUCUACUAAAAUGAGCUUUUAUAGAGUCAUGCAUGUUUGUGAAGGCUUUCUUUUACAAUUUAAUGCCUGAACAAAAUUACUGUCUUUUUCAAGAUGCUCCAGCGGCUUUGAUCGUUUCCGGCAGGACUGGGUGGACCUCGGCUGCCCUGAGGAGGUUCUCUUUAUUUCUGCUUUUGUUUUAUAAAAAGUUUGAGUCUGCCACAGGAGAAAUCGACUCAUGUUUGUCUCUCUAGAGAAAAGAUCCCCAGUGUUUAGAAAUGACAGACCUCACAAACUCCACCACUCAUCACUUCACUCAGUCUACCACUCCUGCGAUGACGGCGACGAUGCAGCGGAGGACCUCCAGUGUUACCUCCACACCCCACAGCAAGACAUCUACCACCCCCAACCCCCCGUCACAUGACAGUAUGAGAAGAAUAAAAUCCUCUCCACCUCCUCCUACCAGCAACGCUGCAGAAGGUAAACUCACAGAAAGCUUUUGCACCAGCUGUCGAUGGAGCUCUGGUUAAGCUCAAACAGAGAUGUAGUCGUACUUGGAUGCUCUGGUUACUGGUUAAAAUCCUGACCUCAGAUUCUUCCUUCCAUGCCACCCUCAACUACUGACUACCUACAUUUUGUCUUCCCUGUCCAGUGUACGUAAAAAUGGACCUGUAAAUAACACACAAAAAAAUCCUAGCAUUUAAAUUUCCUCUGGCGUUUUCCUGAAAAAUAUCCCUUUUAUUUUUUUCGUAACUCAUUUCUAUUCAUCAAAGAAAAAGGAUUACAUCAGCUGCUGUUUGUCUCAUGGAUUUAUUGUUUUGUGGCGUCCUCUCCCAACGUGUUGUGUAAAGUCUGACAGAGUGAGGGUCAAGUGGUCAGCUAUUUCCCAGCCCACUGUGAGCUCAUAGCUGAGUGUGUACAGCGCUAUGUUAAAUACUGCAUAGUGUCCUCAGCGGCUGAGUGAUGACUCAAUGUAUGUGCAUCAGCCUGGCUGGUCAGAAUGUGGGAGAGCUGUGAGAGGUAUUGUCUGUGAGCUUAGAUGUCCUAUAUCAAAAAAAAAAAAAAAAAAAAAGAAAUUAUCAUCACUGGAUAAAAAAGGAUUUUGUUUUUUAAUAAAUGUUUUAAAAAUUUAAAGAUUUUGAAUAUAUGUUAAACUCUAGAGCAGUGGUUCUCAACUGGUCUCACUCAUCGACCCACAUUUUUCCCAUGGUCCUGAAGUCAUGACCCACUUUUAUAGAAUUCAAACCAAGCAAAUUUAUUUUCUAUAAAAAUAAAUAAAUAAAUAAAUAAAAAAAAAAAAAAUAUAUAUAUAUAUAUAUAUAUAUAUAUAUAUAUAUAUAUAUAUAUAUAUAUAUAUCAAAUAUCUAAUAAAUGUUGCAUUGAAUAUUUACUUUUCGACCAGCUGUUCGUGACCCAUCACGAAUGUGUCUGCGACCCACUUUUGGGUCAGGACGCACCAAUUGAGAACCAUUGAGCUAAAGGAAAAGAGGCCAAGGUUAUCCACUUUAAUUUAAGUGUAAAAUGCUCAUUUCCUGUGAAACUUUACACUUUAAAUUGAUGUGUAGAGGUUUUGUACACACAUCAGCUCAGUAUGUCCAUCUUUCAUGCUCACCCAUCUUCACCUCUCAUCUCCAGCAGGAGUCCAGGGAACCAUAGGAGAGAGUGAUGAGCAGCUGCAGGUCGGGCUUCUUGCAGGCAUCGUCAUGGCGAUGGUCAUCGUGGCAGCAGCUGCUCUAACAUCUAUCUACAUGUACAACAACCCAACAUCCAACAUCAGCCUCUUCUUCAUGGAGGUCAGUUACAUAGAGCUGCUGCUCAGCCUUAUAAUUACCAUUAUUUCUUCUUCAUGUUCCCCUGUAUUCUGCAUAUUUUUAUUGUUUGUGGAAUAGACUGAAACUAUUUAAAUUCUAUGAUGUCCAAAAGCAAACAGGACCAUAAAUAACAAGCUUAACAACAAGUACCUAACUUCAUCAACAGUACAUCUGGGCAAGUCCAUCGACUGCAGCGGGGUGACGCAGCUCAAGGAAGAACAUUUAUGAUCAUUUCUAGUAAUAAUCACCGUAUUAAUCAUUUUGCACUGCAGACGCGGUAGUUCUUCUACCUUAGCAUCUCAGUCUGAUUGCAUUUCCAUGAAGAAAUGAUCAUAAAUGUUCUUCCUUGAGCUGCGUCACCCCGCUGCAGUGGAUGGACUCGCCCAGAGGUCUCCAUACGAACAAGCGGCUGCUGAAAGAGAGUUGGUGAGUUGUGUUUAGUCUCUUUGCUGAAGAAAUCACGCAAAGUUAAAAAGAUGUUUGGUGGCUAGUACUAUGGCUGGGACCCUAUAUGUACUGUUGAUGAAGUUAGGUGCUGUUCUGAGCAUUAUUUGAGGAUAUAGAGUGGCGUUUUGGUUGAGCGCAUGGCUCUUUGUAUUGAUAUCUGCAGUCAUAAAGUUGGUAUAACUAGAGAAGCAAGCGGUUGGCAACAUUCAUCUCUGGACGGGGUGUCUAAAUUGGUGUUACGGUGUGUUUGACCCUAAAUUAAUUUUAUACCGGAAUGUCCCUUUAACACUUGGUAAGAGAUUCAAGGGGCGCUAAUGGUAAUUAGAGCAGAGAGACACGUUUCACACUGAACUAGUCCUCUUGUGUGUUCUUUGUCUAACAUUCUCCCUCUUUUAGCGCCGACCAACCCGUUGGCCAAUCAUGAAGUUCCGGCGAGGCUCAGGCCGCCCUUCAUACGCCGAGGUGGAGGCUCCCAGUCAGGACAAAGACUUCAUGGUGGUCAUCGAUCCCAAACAGUCUUUCGUCAUGUCAGACAGAAGAGAGAGUGAACAGAAAGAAGGCUUCAUAGUUCCUGAUCAGAGGGAGCGCUUUCUGACUUCAGAGAGCUCCUGACAAAAACUACAUAUCCCAGGAGGCUUUGGGACGGAGCUGGUUCUCUAUAAGAGGAAGUUUUCCCUCCAGGAAAGCUGUGACUUCUUGUUUCUAUUCAGCUGCUGCUCAGAUUUAUUUAAAGGAGAAAGUGUGAGCAUCCAGAGAGGAAACACCAAACCUCCAUGAGGAGACUGCGAGUCUGACAGACGAGUAACUGCUGGAAAAAUGUCAUCCUUUCCUCGGAUCACUUGUUCGUGUUUUUCCCAGAGAGCAAGGAGAGGAUUGUGAAUGUUUGCAAAGAUGGUUGAUUCUCCAGUCGUUUAUGUGUUGUUCCC